AUGUUUUCAGGGUGUGAUUUGGUUGAGCAUGGAAAGGUAUUUGAAGUGACUGGAUAUUCAGGAGAGUCUGUGGUUCUGCCCUGUUCCUGCACUGAACUACUGGCUAAACCUGAACUGAUACAAUGGAAUUAUUUAACUGAAAAAAAUUAUAAAGUAAUCUACCCAAAUGAACAGAGUGAGAAUUACAAGAAUAGAGUCAAACUGUUAAAUCCAAACACUCCAGGAAAUCUUUCUCUACACAUAUCAGCACUGAGGACAGAGGACCGAGGGGAAUAUCAGUGUUUAGUCUCGCCUCAGCAAGCAGUCAGCUUCAGACUUACUGUACUACAACCUGGAGAAAAACCUCAUGUCAACACAAUCACUUUAACGACAAAUCAAGCUUCACACCAAACACAAGACUCCACAACUUCACAACUUAAACCCACUCUACAACAUAUAACUCAAUAUGUUUUCAUUCUGGGAGUGUUUUUCUCAGUGCUUCUACUGGCAUUUCUGGUAUUUAUAUUAUGGAGAUGCAGAGGAGGCAGAAAUGAUAAAAAGGAGACCACUGAUGGUGAAGAGCUAAAGAGAGAGCAAGACAAUCAGGACGACGUGAUGUAUUCUUCGGUAGUUCAUGUUAAAACAGCAUCCAAAGCAACUCUCACACACAGUGACCCUUCAGAGCUCACAGAGUACGCUUCUGUCAACGUUAAGUGAUAAAAGAACUGAGUACUGCAGAGGGACUGAAACCACUGUUCACUUUUGAGUUUUCCGUACUCUUAAUUUGAAAAGAAAACCUAUUCAUUGUUAGGAGGACUUUUUAUGUGACUUUAAAGCAGAUCAAGAUGAUUACACAGCAGGACUCAACAACUGAGGGAGCUGUGUUGCCUGUUUCUAUUUUUAGAUGUAAGCACUGACACUAUGUGCAUGCACGUUCAAGUUAUCACACAAAGUGACAAACCGUAUUGUGUUGGGUUUGGUGAUUCACAUAUUUUAGCUUUAAAAUCAUUGAUUAUUGAUUUUAUAGUGAACAAUUCAACUAUUGAUAUUUUUUCCCUUUUUUUGUACUCAUAAUAUUAAAAGGAGUCGUUGACCGUUUUUUUUUCUAGGCUUGAUUGUGUUUAUGGGGUGCAGUCUAACGUAUUAAUACUUAGUUUUUUAAAAAUGCAUUAUUUUUCACAUAAUUUUCGUUUAUUCUAUAACGCUCUGUCCCUUGUCCUAUAAACAUGCUGAAGAUUUCCUGCUUUUAUGAAGCCCCUCCCUCAGAAAUACACAAUGGCUCAGAUUGGUCAGCUUGCCUAGUGUGUUGUGAUUGGCUAGACCAAUAGUGCUCAGCGCAUGUGCUCCAGUUGUAUUGUAAAUUAAUUUGAGCCUGAUUGAGACCCAGAUGAUAUUAGUGAAGCGGAUUGUGCAAGCACAGCUCUUAUCGGCAUGUUUAUUGUUUGUUGUUCUCUCAUACUUUUAUUGUGGUAAAAAAACUAAGUUCUUUAAGAAAC